UCUCUCUCUCUCUCUGUCGGCGCGAUGAAGGUGCGCAUGCAGCAUCACGGGGGGCGGAUUCCGUUGUCACUGACAACCAGGCAGAAAUCAAAGCCUGAGGAUUGGGAUUACAUCACAGGCUCGCGCUGGGCUGGGUCCGUCCCCUGCGCCAGGUGUGACCAGGCUUUUCUCGUGGGAACUCCCUUGCAGAGGCUCUUCCUGCGGUGCGCCUCCACGCAUCCAUCGCCCCGGGAUAUAAUGGAUGAAUCCCACACAUGACACUCGCAUUUGAGACGGAUUUCAUCUGCACUUGAGUCCCGGCGAAACUUGUCCAAGGAUCUGGCGCGAAGAGGGAGCAGAGCUCGUACAGAAAUGCCUGUGUUUUCUCCAGUUCUGACUCGUCGAGAGUUUCUUCUUCUUCUCCUAAAAUGUCUUGUUUUAUUGCCCCGUUUGCAGUGUGCUGGAUCGCGCAAGCAGCCACCUGGUAUUGAAAUAUUAGUUUCCGGACAAUCCAACACUGUAACCCAGAAAGUUCUCACAACAGAUGGCAAAGAGUGCAAGUUUCCUUUUCGCUUUGGCGGCGUGAUUUAUCACCAGUGUAUCUCUAUGAACUCUGACAAGGCCUGGUGCUCUCUCACACAUAACUUUGACCGCGACCAGAAGUGGGGAUUCUGCAGUUCACAAGCACAACUCUUUAAUGGGUUUCUUCCUCUGCGUCGGCAGAACCCGUGUUUGAACGGAGGCGUUCAUCUGAACUCGUUUCAUUGUGUUUGUCCUGAUGGAUUCACGGGAGCUCUGUGUGAAAAGAAGAAGUGCUACGAGCCGCUGCAUCUGAAGUACUAUGACAUCGGAGACUCGUGGGGACGGAUCUACCUGCGCUCCGUAGAGCUGUGCACGUGCCUCAGCGGAGGAGAGAGCUGCGAGCGUGCACGUUACACGGUGUGUUCGAGGAAUCGCUGUGAAAAUGACGGAAUCUGUAGGAUGAUUGAAGCCACUGGUGAAGAGGUGUGUGGAUGUACAUCUGGAUAUACUGGACAAUACUGUGACAUCAAGCCAGCAGAGCAGUGUUACCGUGACUCAGGCGCUCAGUACCGUGGUGUGGUGAAUGUCACGGUCUCGGGCUCGUCUUGUCUGCCGUGGAACUCAGAUCUGCUGUUCACGGAGCUGACGGUGGAGACGGUGCACAGCGCCGCCCGCAGGGGCCUCGGGGAACACGCCUUCUGCAGGAAUCCUGAUCAAGAUAAGCUGCCGUGGUGUUACACGAUGACAGAGCGAGCCGUUUCCUGGGAGUACUGCAACAUCAAGCCCUGCUCCAAACCAGCGCCGGGCCGCAGAAGUCCAGUCAUCGCCGUGGCCCCGCGGCCCUCCCGCAGUUCUGCCAGGACCCCGGCGUGUGGGAAGAGGCACGAGAAGCGGAUCAGUCGAGGGCGAAUCCUGGGCGGGACGAGUGCAUUGCCCGGCGCUCACCCCUGGAUGGCAGCGCUGUACAUCGCAGACGAGUUUUGUGCAGGAACACUGGUCUCCUCCUGCUGGAUCGUGUCUGCCGCUCACUGCUUCCUCCGCAAUCCAUUAAAGUCACAGAUUCGGGUCGUUCUCGGCCAGCACUCCUUUAACGACACCGGUCCCAACACCAGGACCUUUGCUGUUCAGGAUUAUAUUUUAAACCCGCGUUACACACAGUUUGAGCCGACCUUAAACGAUAUCGCUCUAGUGAAGCUGAAGAAGGUUGCCGGACGCUGCGCUCUGAAGACGCCUUUCAUCAGGCCCAUCUGUCUGCCGGGGAAACACAUGACGUUUCCCGAUCACUACUGCUGUAAGAUCUCAGGCUGGGGUCACAUGCACGAGAAGGCGAACUCGUACUCUCACCUGAUGGAGGGAGUGGUGAAGAUCAUCCCGUUCGAUCAGUGCUCGUCUCCAAACGUCUACGGGUCAGAGGUCAGGUCAGGGAUGCUGUGUGCGGGCAGUGAGCUCUGUGUGGACGCCUGUCAGGGUGACUCGGGCGGUCCGUUAGCGUGCGAGUGUGACGGCGUGAGCUUCCUGUACGGGAUCAUCAGCUGGGGAGACGGAUGCGGACGCUCGGGAAAACCGGGCGUUUACACCCUCGUGCCCAAAUAUUCAGACUGGAUCAACAGCGUCAUCAAAAAAUCCAGAAAAACAUCCCAGAAAACAUCAGUGAAAAGAACGAAAAUAAACAUUUGUAUCGGGAGUCAGUGCCAAAGAUAAAACAACUGUGACUUUAUUAUUAAUGUAUUCAUGAAGGCUUUCCAUUCCAGCGUCACUGUGUCAUACUGAAGGACCUGUGUUUUACUGCGAGCCUGCUGUAUUUAUAAUUAACUAGCAGUGUGGUGACAUGUACACUGGAAUGGAAAGUGUUAUCUAAAGUUAUUAUUAUUAUUAUCAUUAUUAUGUAUUUUGCAUAUCGAUACAUUUUGAUUGCUGUGAAAUAAAUGUCUUUAAUCUGCAUUAAAAAAUUAAAAAGAGA